AUGCAAUACGGAUUCUGCCUGCCCAACACGAUGGACGGCGACGAACUGAGCAGAUUCGCGCGGAAUGCUGAAGAGCUCGGCUUCGAGUCGGUAUGGAUAGGCGACCAUAUUGUAUUGCCCACUGCGUCUACGAACCAGUACCCGUACACUCCAGAUGGCUCAUUCAGACGCCCACACGAAGCGCCGUUUCUUGAGACAUUGACCGUGCUUGCCUAUGUCGCCGCCUGCACAAGCAGCAUACGCAUCGGCAGCACUGUCGUCAUUGUGCCUUACCGCAACCCCGUGUUGCAGGCGAAGAUAUUUGCCUCGCUCGAUGUGCUGUCGAAGGGCAGAGCCGUCUGCGGCGUGGGCGUGGGCUGGUUGGAGAAAGAGUUCGAGACGCUGGAUGUACCGUACUCAGAGCGCGGGCCGAUGACCAACGAGUGGCUCGAAAUCUUCACGAACCCUGUGGAGCGAACAAGAACCCGUGUUGAAGCGGAGGGACGCAGACACGACGACAUCACUAUUUCCCUCAAGCGCAGCCUGCACAUCUCGGACAUCGGAGUGUCAGGAGGCGGAAGCGGUGGCAAUACAACGGGCGCUGGCAUUGUCGCCGACACGCAGUCCGUCAUCGAAGACAUCAAGAAGUGUGCCGACAUCGGCAUCCAUCAGCUUACCUACGACUUCCCCACGCCCGACAUCGAGGAGUGCAUCCGCAUCCUGGAGCACUUCGCCGAGAAGGUUGCGCCUGCCGCGUCGUAA